AUGUCAGUUGAGAAAUCGGUGUCGUGUCGAGAAGAUACCAACCGCGAGCUAGAAGAGCCACACCCAACUUCAGAUAAACAUGACCAGCCUGUUAAACAUCCCUUACCUAAUGGUGGUUUGGAAGGAUGGCUAAGCGUACUAGCUGGGUUCUGCGUCUUCGCUAAUUCCUGGGGCUUGAUCACCACCUAUGGCGCUUUUCAAGAAUACUAUCAGACAGCCCUUCUUCGCGACCAACCCCCUUCAUCACUCUCAUGGAUUGGCAGUAUCCAGGCCACCCUGAUUGUCAUGGUGGGUAUCGUCACCGGGCCGCUAGUUGAUUCAGGGUAUCUGCGUGUAUUGGUCGUCUGCGGAAGUUUCUUGACGGUAUUCGGGAUCAUGAUGACCAGUCUAUCGACGCAGUACUAUCAGGUUAUCUUGGCCCAGGGAUUUUGCGUCGGACUAGGUGGAGGAGUCGCAUAUAUCCCGGCGCUCGUGGUGAUCUCCUCGUACUUCACGACCAAACGCCCGAUUGCCAUCGGCUGCGCAUCAAUCGGGUCCAGCGUCGGUAGUGUCGUCUUCCCCAUCAUAUUUCGACAGUUGCAACCCAGGAUCGGAUUUCCAUGGACAGUGCGCUGCAUCGGCUUCAUCAAUCUCUUUCUUGCGCUCAUCACAUGCAUCGUACUAUGUCGACGACCCGGCCAAAAAACCCGCGUCAGAAGCAUGCUUGACUGGACGGCAUUCAAAGAACCACCAUUUAUACUCCUAUCUGUCUCGCUGACCUGCGUCAUGCUCGGAUAUUACAUCCCCGUGUUUUACGUGGCAUCGUAUUCCCGCGUCGCAUUACACACGACCAAAAGCCUCUCAUUCUACAUGGUCUCCAUUAUCAACGGCUCCUCUGCAUUCGGUCGCAUAGUUCCCUAUCUAGCUGGGUCGCGUGUGAAACCCAUCGCCGUCCUCCUCUGUGGGAGCAUCGCCGGCGCAGUCGCCAUGUUUUGCUGGAUGGCCGUGUCGAAUAUCCCUGGGUUUAUCGUGUGGGCAUGCUAUUGGGGUUUUCUCAGCGGGUUGUUCGUCACGGCGCCGACUUCCAUCGUUGCGCAUCCGGCUUUCUGUCCAGACUCGAGUUAUCUCGGUACGCGCAUGGGCAUGAUGUGGGGGAUUAGUUCGUUCGGGUCCCUGGUGGGUACCCCGAUUGCGGGCACGUUGGUCGAUCUCGAGAAAGUCGAGUUCAUUCGUGCGCAGGUCUUCGCGGGGUGUUUGAUGGUCGGGGCGAUGAUCUUGCAGGCGUACCCGACUUUUGUUGUUUUUCGAUAUGAUCGAAGGAAGGAUGUAUAUCGAGGCUAG